AAUGAACCACGAGCUCCUAAAUAACAGAGAAAUCGAGCACCAAGCAGAAACUGGGCUCUUCAACCGCUCUGCUCCAAUCGCUCAGUGCUGUAUAUAAAAAUUUCCGUUUCAAACGCCGAUUUUCCUUAUUCUAUCUCUGAUUUCGGCUAAUUUUCCCGAAGGGUGAAAUGCAGGUAUCUCGAUUUUGGGUAUUUGUAUUGAUUUCAUUGGUUUAAGAUUUGGGGUAUUGAAGGGUAAAUCUGAAUCAAGUUGAGGGAUCGAUGUCUACGGCGAGUUCGAGCUCUAUAAGGAAAGGCGGCGAAGCUGUUCCCGACCAGUUUCCGAUCGGGCUUCGUGUUCUUGUUGUGGAUGAUGAUCCGACCUGUCUGAUGAUCUUGGAGAAGAUGCUUCGUAUUUGCCGCUAUGAUGUAACGAAUUGUAGUCGAGCCGAGGAUGCAUUGUCUCUUCUCAGACGAUACAAAAACGGGUUCGAUAUCGUUUUAAGCGAUGUCCACAUGCCAGACAUGGAUGGAUUCAAACUUCUGGAAUACAUAGGAUUAGAAAUGGACUUGCCUGUAAUCAUGAUGUCGGUGGAUGACGGGAAAAACGUCGUCAUGAAGGGAGUAACUCAUGGUGCUUGUGACUAUUUAAUAAAACCUGUUCGAAUUGAAGCGUUAAAGAACAUAUGGCAGCACGUUGUUCGUAAGCGGAAGAAUGAAUGGAAAGACUUGGAGCAAUCGGGAUGUGUCGAUGAUGUCGUCGAUCGACAGCAGAAAACUAAUGAAGAUGCAGAUUAUUCAUCGUCUGCUAAUGAAGGGAGUUGGAAGAACUCAAAGAGGAGGAAGGAGGACGUAGAAGACGUCGAGGAGAGGGACGAUUCAUCGACCUUAAAGAAACCGAGGGUCGUUUGGUCCGUUGAGCUCCAUCAACAGUUUAUGGCUGCUGUUAAUCAACUAGGAAUUGAUAAGGCUGUUCCGAAGAAGAUACUCGAGUUGAUGAAUGUCCCUGGACUCACUAGAGAAAACGUUGCCAGCCACCUUCAGAAAUAUCGUUUGUACCUGAGAAGAGUAAGUGGAAUCACACAACACCAGAGUAAUUUAAACAACACGUUCAUGAGUGCCCAAGACGUGUUUGGCUCGUCGUUGAACGGUCUUGAUCUUCGAACUCUCGCUGCUGCUGGUCAGCUCCAGCCACAAAGCCUUGCUACACUUCAAGCAGCUGGAUUCGGUAGGUCUACAGUGAAAUCGAGCAUGCCUAUACCUCUUGUAGAUCAAAGGAACCACAUUUUUAGCUUCGAAAAUCCGAAGUUGAGAUUCGGUGACGAGCAACAGCGACAUUUGAAUGGUAGUAAAUCGAUGAAUCUACUUCAUGGAAUCCCAACAACGAUGGAGCCGAAACAGCUUGCUAAUCUGCAGCAAUCGUCGCAAUCUCAUGGGAACAUGACAAUGCAAGUUAGUACACGAGGAAGCCAAUCUAGCUCUCAACCACAAGCUAGAGCACAGAUUCUCAAAGAAAGUACCCCAACGAGCGUAACGAGGCUUCCACCGACAUCGCAGCAGCCAAUUUUGCCGAAUGGAAAGGCCAGUGGAGGGUACAGUGUAGUUUCACCAGCUGCAACAAUGUUAAAUUUCCCCGAAUUGCCUGGUAAUAGUUUUCCUCUUCAAAGUACCCCAGGAAUGUCGAGUGUCGUACCAAAGGGAAGAUUCCCCGAUGACGUUAACUCGAACAUUAAACGAUCGGAAGGUUUUGUGCCAAACUAUGAUAUGUUUAGGGACCUGCAUCCUCAGAAGCCCCAUGAUUGGGACUUGCAACAUGUUGGUGUGACGUUUGAUACGUCUCAAGGUAGUCUCGACGUUCCACCCUCAGCUUUCGCUCAACAAGGGUAUGCUGCCUCUAGCCAACAAAAUGGACAAAACAGGAACACAUCUACCGCAGGCAAGGCCAUGUUCUUGUUGGACGAACGAAGUGACAAUGGGAACGAACAAAGUAUGAGCCAACAACUCGACCCUCGUUUCGUCGAUGGUUCAGUGAGAGUCAAAGCUGAAAGAGCUCCUCAUACGAGCAGUCAGACCGACCUUUUCUCUGAACACUUCGGUCCAGAGGACCUAAUGAGUGCAGUUCUUAAGCAGCAACAGGGAAGCAUUGCAGCAGCUGAAAGUGAACUGGAAUGGAUGUUUCAUCAUAACACUCCUGUUUAGAAUGUUGCUUUAGCUUGCAGGCAGACCAUUUAGACAGAUCAUUGUAUAUGUGCAGAUUCUUUCCACUGCUUCCUCGGAGAGACUAGCUCGAGUCGGCUAUUACUGCCGUGUUCUUGACGCACGGAAUCGAGUUUUUUGAUGCAGUUGCAGGUUUUCGAAUCCCCUUUAUGACUAACUUACUGAAAUAACACGUUCGAAGCAAAUGCAGUUCACUUCCAUGUACAUAUUUGGUUAGCCUUCUGUGCUCGUAAAAUUUUGAGAUUGUCGUUGAUACGUCGUUGCUAGUGAUCUU